AUGGAAGAGAUUGAAAUCAGUUCCGACACGACCGUCGCAGCUACUCCUAGCGUUCUUCCGGCAAAAAUCGAGCGCAUCCAGCUGUCCAACCUAUCGUACGAUCAAUUUUUUCGGAACUUUAUGCAACCAAACCGUGCCGUUGUGGUGGAAGGAAUUGCUAACGACUGGGAGUGCUUCCGGCGCUGGAUCGACCGGUCGGUGGUGCCACCGAAACUAAACGUACCGUACCUGAAACAAAAGCUAGCGAACGUUCCCGUCCCGGUGGCCGAUUGUGGAAGGCAGCAUUACAAUUCGCACGAGAAGCUUGAGCUACCACUGUACGAUUUCCUUCAGUCAUGGGAGAACGAUGAUACGGAGUCGAACCGCAACCGAUACUACCUCAAAGAUUGGCACCUCCGGAGCGAAUGUCCCGGGUAUGAGUUCUACCGCACACCGUCCCUGUUUGCGUCCGACUGGUUGAACGAAUAUCUCGUCGAGCAAGCGGCUGACGACUACCGGUUCGUGUACAUUGGCCCGAAGGGCACGUGGACGGCAUUCCACGCGGAUGUGUUCGGUUCGUACAGCUGGUCGGUAAACAUAUUUGGCCGCAAGCGCUGGUACUUGCUACCACCCGGAGAGGAGCGAAAGCUACUGAACAGCUUGCGCAACCUGCCCUUUAGCGUUACGGAACAGACGCUUCGGGAUGCCGGUGUUACGUUCUUCACGAUCGAGCAAGAAGCGGGUGAGGCGAUAUUCGUACCAACCGGAUGGUACCAUCAGGUGACGAAUGUGGAGGAUGCCAUCUCGGUCAACCAUAAUUGGUUCAAUGGUUGCAACGUGGCGACGAUCUGGAGCAAUCUUCGCGAUGCGCUGGCGGAUGUUCGGCGCGAGAUUGACGAUUGUCGCGAUAUGGACAACUUUGACGAGCAUUGUCAGGUGAUGCUGAAGGCCAGCUUCGGGAUGGAUUAUGCCGAUUUCUUGGCCAUCGUACUGUACGUCUGUGAUAAGCGUUUGGCCAGCCUUGGCGAGGAUGUUGGGCAGGUGAAGCAGAUUGAUGGCUACGUACUCGGGAAGCAACACGCCCAGUUUGAUGUAGUUACGAUACGGGAUUUGCUGCACGAGACAAUAGAAAAGGGAUUUUUAGAUGAUUAUCCUGACAUGCGUAAAGCAGCAGCGAGCUGUUUGAACAAAAUUCUAUCGACAAGUCGAGCGUUGUAAAGCGUUUCUCGCCUGGAAGUUGAAUGAGAAGGUCGUUAUGCGGUUGUUGUUAUUUUUUAAAACCUUCAUUAAACAUCCCUAGUCAAAAAAUCCUUCCAAAAA